CAUUCAGCAGCAGGUGAGCCCUGAUCAGGUACGACUGCAGCACUUUACCUGGACCUGUUCUCCUCAUCACUUUCUCACAGUGAAGAUCUUACACACUGCUUUUAUCACAUACGCUUCACACCACACAGCCAGCAUCUCUUCAUCAUCAGCAUCACCAUGGCAACCGUGUCAGUCCUGCUCCUCCUGCUCUCAGCCUUUUCUCCUCCAGUCUUCACUGACUUCCAUGUGAUCCCGGGUAACAUGAAUCAGUCUGAGGCUCGGGCAGCGUGUAGAGGAAAGUACACCGACCUCGUCACUGUGUACUCUGAGGAAGACAACACUGAGCUGGUUAACAUCAUGAGGGAGGCUGGAAUCAAUAACAGCUGGAUCGGCCUCUAUCGCAAUCAGUCCAGUGAGAAGAAAUGGUCUAAUGGUGAUCCUGUAACAUUCAACCUGACAGGGAAUUGUCAGAAUGGAUGGACUUGCUGUGCUGCUAUGACGGCUAAUGGUGAUUUUGAAUGUCUUCAGUGCACAGUGACAAGGAAUUUUACAUGCUAUGAACAAAGUAUUUUAUCACAGACUCCUAUUUAUCAUCUAAUCCUUAAUAAUAAGACCUGGCUUGAGGCUCAGAGUUACUGCAGGAGGAACUACACGGACCUGGUCAGCAUCAGAGAUCAGCAGCAGAAUGAAGAGGUGAAGAUUAAGGGGUUAAACAGCACCACGCCCUUCUGGAUCGGCCUGCUGUGUGAUGACUGGCAGUGGACUGAUGGAGGAAACCCCGCCUACAGGAAGUGGGGGAGCGCUGAACCACAGUCAUCACCAAAAGACUGUGUAGUCCUGAGUGGAGGGAACUGGUCUACAGAGAAGUGCAGUGAGAAACACUCUGCUCUGUGCUACAGCUGGGUCCUCCAUGUGAGUGAUUACCCUAUGCCCUGGGAGGACGUGCUGGAUUACUGUACUGAAGAGAACAGGACUGGAGUUCUGAAAAUAAGUUCUGCAGAUGAACAGAAAGUUGUAGAGUUUGAGCUCAGGAGGAGGAAUAUCAGUGAGCCGGUGUGGGUGGGGCUCAGACAGAGUAUACUCCUCGGGUUCUGGAUCUGGGUGGAUGGGACAGCUGUGUACGAGUACUCUAACUGGUAUGGAGGGAAACAGCCUGAGGGUCCACUCACACAACGCUGCGGCGCCGUCGUCCCUCCGAACUACACAUGGAGAGAUAUGAACUGUAAGGCUCAUUAUAAAGCUCUGUGUUACACCAAAUGUUCUUAA